UAAAGGCAGGGAACAAAGCUGAGAAUGGUUUGGAAUUUGAAAACCACAGGUGAAGGAUUUAUAAGAGGGUGGGUAGGGGUAGUAGGGGUAGGGAUAGGUAUAUAGGGGUAGGCGGAGCAAGAAACUACUGGAAUCAUCCAUCCUUCCAGCUACACGCGGCGAAACCCAAACCAUCCAUCAUUUCCACACACGUGUGCGGCGCAGAUCCUCUGCCCACCCCCACCCACCCUGUCGGUUACAUCACCAUCAUCUCUCUGUGUCUAUAUAUAUACACAGAGAGAGAAAGAAGAGAGAGAGAGAGAGAUAAUCAUAACGCUGUCGAGAAGUCCUGCCUCAAUUCAAACUGCCCAACUUUGGUGGAGAUUUCGUCUAUGACUAUUCCUUCUACUCCAAUUUCCUAAUCCUGAGAAGCUAGCCAGCUAAUAAGCUGCUGCUGAAUUUUGCCGACUUGACUUGAUCCAUCCAUCAGUAUCACCCAGACCAUGGUAUCCGUUCAUCCGACUCCACCUCUCGAUCAAGAUUUUUCGUGUUUUCACGGCUAUUGGGAUCCCGCCAAGCUCCCUGGAAUCGGGGAGAUGAAAGGAUUCAGCAACAAUUUGAUUGGAACGACUCCCGCGGGCAAUGCAAUAGGAUUUGAUGAUCCUAAUAAGAAAAUUCGAAAGCCGUACACGAUCACCAAGUCCAGAGAGAGCUGGACGGACGAGGAACACGACAAAUUUGUUGAGGCUCUUCACUUAUUUGAUCGUGACUGGAAGAAAAUCGAAGCGUUUGUUGGAUCAAAAUCCGUUAUCCAGAUCCGUAGCCAUGCUCAAAAGUAUUUCCUGAAAGUCCAAAAAAAUGGAAUGAGUGAUCAUGUACCUCCGCCACGGCCAAAGAGGAAAGCAUCACAUCCAUACCCACACAAGGCACCAAAAAGUGUUGUGUCUCAACCUUUGCAACCUUCGACUGUCCUUCUAGAUCCUGAAUAUGCUGCAACUCAAGACUCCAUGUCAAUACCUAGAAAUCUAACACUCGGUGCAUCUUUUCCUUGGACAUACAAUGCCGCGCCACCGGCCUGCUUGACGCAUGUUCCUACAGAUGAUGUUGGAUUAGUGGGCGUGACCAAUAAUUAUAGCAGCAGCAGUAGUAAUGAGAAUGAGAGAGAUCCUCACUUACGGAGCUCUAAUGAGAAAUGCCAUGAAAGAAAAGCUAGGCGACGCGACACAGCAAGAGGUUUGCUUGUCUAUUGUCAUCUAAUGAUGCCAGAUUUUGGGGAAGUGUAUAGCUUCAUUGGGAGUGUGUUUGACCCCUGUGCUACUGCUGAUGAUCACCUGCAACGGCUCAAACGUAUGGACCCUGUCAAUGUGGAAACGGCGGUGCUGCUGAUGAAGAAUCUUGCCGCCAAUCUGUCAGAGUUCAGAAUUUGAGGAUCAAAAGCAAAUGCUGCUGCUGCUGUCAGUCGGGGACGAUCCCAUCUUACUAAAGCCAUUAAUGGAAAGCAAAGCAACCUCCUUAUCAUCUAUCUUUUGGGACGGAAACAAGACUCUCACUGCUCAAACAAUAAAACAUAAUAUGUAUAUAUAUAUAUAUAUAGAUAGAGAGAGAGAGAGAGAGAGAGAGAGAGAGAGAGAGAGAGCUUGCUGCAUUUGGUUUAUGGUUUAUUCAAGAGACGAGAUGAGAUGUAUGUUGGCCUCUCCCUCUCCCUCUCCCUCUCCCUAUAGUUAGUUACUGUGGUGGUGGCGUUUCUCAGUGCUAUCGUCAUAAUAUAAAAUUACAUACAUACAAAAUUCAUUCAUUAAUGGAAUACCAUAGCUUAAACUUUCUGUUUAUAUUAUUACAUAUACUGGAUUUAAUUUUGACAUUAUUCAAUCUAUUUUAAUAUAGUAUAUAUAUUAAACGAAUAUUUAUUCACUACUUAAAAAGUAUUAUAUAAAGAAAUUUUGAUUUCGCAAAAUAUUGUACACAUAACAUAAAUACAUACAUGUAUGCAUGCGUGUGAAUUAUAGUAUAGUUACACAUCAUCCGCGAUUAUUCUCAACUGUCUGUAUAUUUACAAUGUAACUAUGUUUAUAUCUUAGAUCAAUUAACGUUUCUUUUUUUACUUUUGACUGAUGUGAUACUGUAUCAUUUUCAUAUGUUUAUCUAUAUAUACAUGGGUUUGAAUCAAUCACUCUUCUCUCUCAAUUUUUUUGUCUUGCAUAUAUACAACUAAAUGCUACAUAAUAUUUAAUACAUAUACAUACCUACUUAUACAACAUACAUCCACACAAUAUAUAUAUAUAUAUAUAAAUAAUUAAUUAAUAUUCUUAUUAGCUAAUCCUAUACUAAUAUUACAACAGGAACCACUUAUUUUCAUAUCUUUGAUUAAUCAUCAGGUAUAGAGAUAAUCAAUGAGACAGGUAGGCAGAAAUGGUUUAAUUUACAAGUUCAUCUAACAUUCUACACUACUUGUUCACAAAUCACAACUACACACACACAUACAACAUGAAUAUGAAUGUGAAUCACACCUCUCUCUCUCUCUGUCUCUCUCUCUCAUCUGUUGGGACUUGGGAGGGAGGAACCAAAUAAUUAUUUCUACAUUUCAAUUACCUACCAACACCUUCAAUUUCUAUUUUUACAUCAUUCUUCUUCUUAUUAUUAUUAUUAUUAUUAUUAUUAUUUAUUAUAUAAUGCAUCAAUUUAUUAAUAAAAUAUUCACUUCUCAUGGAUAAAAACAACACACAAUUCACACCUAACCUAUACAUUCAUUCAAUCGAUCUAUCUAUCUAAAACAACAAUUGAAAAGCACAGAGAAAACAGAAAUGCAAGAAAGAGCUAGAGAAGAUUGAAAGUGGGCCUGGUCGAACAGAAUAUACAGACAAAAAAUAAAAAAAAAACAAGGAAGGAACCAACAG